ACGGCUUGAUGCAGUAAACUGUGCCCGGACGUAUGAGACUGCACGUGUGAUCGUUCGGCUAAAAUCAUCUCUCCAGUCCAAACAGACAUCAAGAUGGACGCCAAACCAAAGAAAAAGUUCUCUCCUAAAGGCGGGAAGAAGCUCACCCAGAAAGGAAAAGACUCCACGGGGACAAAGCUUGGAGGAAAACCAGGCGGGAGAAAACCCUUCAAACCGUUCAAAAACUCUGAGAAGAGACCAGGAAAGACCGGCGUUGGAGGCAGGAAAGACCUGAAGCCCGGUGUUUCUAAAGGAGCCAAGAGGAAACUGUCCGAGGAAGGUGGAGGUCCAGAGGCAAAGAAGAAGAGGAGGUUUAAAGCCGAGAAGAAGCCGACAAAAGAGGAGCUGAAGAAGAACCGACAGCAGAAGAAGGCGGCGCUGAAGAAGAGCCGACAGCUGGCGGAGAGGAAGGACAUGUUUGACAUUAUUUCUCGUUCCAAACAAGUGUGGGGAGACCUGAGGAGGAAGAAAUGUGACGAGGAGCUGAAGAAGAAACUGAUGAAGGAGCUUCACGAUCUGAUCCGGGGAAAGAGCAAACAGAUGGCGUUUGCUCACGACUCGGUCCGGGUUCUGCAGUGCUUCAUCCAGUUUGGCAGCCACCAGCAGAGACAGGAAGUGUUUGAGGAGCUGAAAGACAGUGUCCUCGCUCUGUGCAAGUCUCAGUACGGCCGACACGUCGUGAAGAAGCUGCUCAUGUACGGGAACAAGGAGCUGGUGGCGGCGCUGAUCCACUCCUUCAAAGGAAACGUCCGGCAGAUGCUUCGCCACGCCGCCGCCUCAGCCAUCAUCGAGUUCGCCUACAACGACAAAGCCGUCCUCGCCCAGAGGCUGGAGCUGAGCCACGAGCUGUACGGGAACACGUACGCCGUCUGCAGGUCUUCAGAGCGAAACACCAUCGAGGAGGUUGUGAAGACGAAUCCCGACAAACUGGACAACAUCGUGGACGAGAUGAAGCAGAUCCUGACUCCGAUGGCCCAGAAGGAGCAGGUGAUCAAGCACUCGCUGGUCCACAAAGUCUUCCUGGACUUCUUCCUGUUCUCGCCCAGCAAGCAGAGAUCUGAGAUGAUCGAGUCCAUCCGGGAGUCCGUCGUCUACAUGGCUCACACGCACGACGGCGCUCGGGUGGCCAUGAACUGUCUGUGGCACGGCACGGCCAAGGACAGAAAGAUCAUCAUAAAAACCAUGAAGUCCUACAUGGUGAAGUUCUCCACGGGGGAGUUCGGCCACCUCGUCCUUCUGGCGAUAUUUGACUGCGUGGACGACACCAAGCUGGUCCGGCAGGCCGUCCUCUCUGAGAUCCUGUCGUCGCUGAACGACGUCAUCUGCAACAAAUACGGGAAGAAGGUUCUGCUGUACCUGCUGAGCCCCAGAGACCCGGCUCACCUGCUGCCGGAGACCGUCCGGCUGCUGGAGCGAGGAGACGACAACGCUCACAGUAAAAAGGACGCCGCGACUCGAAGGAAGGAGCUGCUGGAGGCCGUGUCCCCGGCGCUGCUCGAGUACCUCUCCGACAACGCUGCCUCCAUGGCCAUGGACAAGGCCACCAGCGUCACCAUCAGUGACAUUUUGGCAUCCGCCUGCGGGGACCUGCGGCCCGCCAUGACAGCUGUGGCUCAGCUGGCCAAUCAGGAGCUGGUGCCGGGAGGGGUCAAAGGACAGCUUCACAUGGCCGAACAUCCAGCAGGACAUCUGGUCUUAAAGUGGCUCAUAGAGCAGGACGCCAUGUUGGAGGAGGCUGGGAAGGAAGAGCGGUUCGGCAGGAUUCUGGUGGACACAGUUGGGACAGAGAAGAUGACGAGCUGGGUGAAGGUCAACAGAGGCGCCAUGGUGCUCUGCAGCCUUCUGAACAGCUGUGAUAAAUCGGUGGCAGCGGAGGUGGAGGCGGCGCUGACCUCCAUCAGGAAACAGCUCGGCCAAGUCAAGGACAACAAGGGAGUGGAAAUCCUGCUGGAAAACCUGAACAAAUAGUUUCAAUUCACUUUUAUUUGUAUGAACUGUUGGGAGAUGGCAGCAGGUCUCGGUGCGGGGGGGCAGGGGGCACCGGGACACUCGUCUUAUUUCAACCCCUGACUUUGUUAGUUUCACGUGUUCGAGACCAACUGGAGGACGAGUUGUUUGAAAGACGAAAACAUUCACCCUGAAAUGUUCCUGUGAAUAAAUCUCACGUUGGACUGAUGGCGACACCAGAACCAGAACCAUGAAACCUGGACCUUCUGCUUGGACCGGGCUGGACAAACUGUUUUUGCUUUAGAUCGUUUUCUAUAAAUAAACGAGUUCAUAUUAAACAUUU